CUCCAUUAUUAAAAAAAAAAUACAUAAUUCCUUUAACGUACACGUCCCUACACAUUGAAUAAAAGGAUUAUAUAUUUCAAUGAUCUUUCUAGAUUAAGUCUUUUUUUGUCAAUUUUUCUCACCCUUCUUUCUCAUACUCUCUCUCUCUUUCUUUCUUUCUUUCUCGAUCAAGAAGAGCGAGAGGCUAUUUAUUAUAUGUGGAUGUCGUCAUACCUCAGCCCGACGCGCUUUCUAGAAGGCUACCUCCGCCGUUGCCUCAAGGGGGCAGGACUGACGUCUCAGACUCUUUCCAUAGACUCUGAAACGACCAUCCACUUCUGGGGCCCACCUCACCGGAGCGACGACGACGACAGACCGGCGAUGCUUCUCCUCCACGGCUUCGGUCCAUCGUCCAUGUGGCAGUGGCGGCGACAGAUCCAAGCCUUCUCUCCCUCCGUUUUCAGGCUUUAUUCUCCCGAUCUUGUCUUCUUCGGCGACUCUACCACUUCCUCCACCCACCGCACCGAAGUCUUCCAGGCGGAAUGUAUGGCAAAGCUAAUGGAGAAAUUAGGAAUAGACAAGUAUAAUGUGGUUGGAACAAGCUACGGCGGUUUUGUGGCGUACCAUAUGGCAAAAAUGUGGCCUGAAAAAGUGGAGAAAGUAGUGAUUGCAAGCUCUGGCAUCAACAUGCGAAAGUGUGACAGUGAGAGUUUAUUGCAACGAUCCAACUGUGAGUGCAUCGAGAAAGUUAUGUUACCAUCCACUGCAACUGAGCUUCGCACCCUUAUGGCUUUGGCUUCUUCUUCGCGGAUUCUUCGUAUGUUCCCUGAUGCUCUCUGGAACGACGUUAUUACUAACUUAUAUAAAAAGAAUAGAACAGAGAAGAUAGAACUACUGAAGGGGGUGACUUUUGGCCGGAACGAGAAUUUAAACAUCGAUCCUCUUUCUCAGGAGGUCCUAAUAGUAUGGGGAGACAAAGAUCAGAUAUUUCCUGUGAAGAUGGCUUACGAAUUGAAAGAGGUUCUUGGAGACAAAACGAAACUAGAAAUUAUUGACAACACUUCGCACGUUCCUCAGAUUGAAUGUGCACAAGAGUUCAACAAUAUCGUUUUGAGAUUUUUGAAGGGUUCUUAAGAGCGUUAAUUUUGUGUACGUGCUACAUGAUUCUUCAGCUUGUUUAGUGUUAAACUAUUCAUGACGUAACCUUGCUUCUUUACUUGCCAUGCUUUCUCAUAUGGUGUCAGACCAAAAAAAAGUAAUUUUAAUACGGAAACAAAUUUUCCCUAAUAUGUUUUAUUGUUCUUUCCA